AUGGUGAACAAGGCCGAUGAGGAAGUUGAUCUAGAGAACGAGACCCUACCGCUCCAGCUGCGAGCAACCAUGUCUUCCCACUACACGGCACCCGGCCAGAGCACGUUGACGAAACCUCUACCGCCGUUACCUUCGAUCGCCUCGCUCCCUCGCCAUCCUCACGGCGCAUCUUCUAAACCUCCAUCCGUUUAUCAGGACAGUCCAUUGGGAAUGAUGGAAAACAUUGGGGAAUAUGCCGAGGCGGGACCUGGCGCACAAUCUCAUCUCCAGCACCCUUCGAUGUCGUCCGCAAUGAAUUCCACACUUUCAAGAAUCGAUCAACUGAUGCGUGAUCAAGAACGACAGUACAUGACGCUUCCACCGUUCCAGAACGCGACAACAGCCAAGCAACGUGACUAUAGCUUCGUAGGAGGAAGUGGCAGCAGCACGUACGAUUAUGCGGGCUCCACCGAGCCCUUACCAACAAACGCGGCUAUCCGCAAGAAACAGGAUUCAUUCACAGCGUGUUCGGCACUCUUCACGGUAUUCUCGCUGCUCUCGUACGCUGUGGAUCUCGCCAUGGACGUGCUCAUCUGCUACCUGUUCUAUGUCAACCACCAUCUCGCGUGCGCCGGCAUAACGGUCGCAUUCACAGUGAUCCCGUCGUUAAUCGUGAACGUGUUCUCAGUACGGUGGUAUGUCCAAGACGACAAAGAAUCUUCGAAGGCGAUGAAGGACUCGAGUCUUGAAGACAAUCCAAUGUUGCAUCGGCCGAAAAUGUCGAUGUGCGAUUGGCUGAUACGAAUCGUAUUUCACCUGGCUUUCCUCGGUCCUGUGAUAAGGUACCUCGAGCUUCUCCUGUACGGGUUCAAGUCACGGAGACAGGCCAAGCAACGAGGAGACCAAUGCCCUUACGUCACUAAUCGGAUUGAGCAGCCAAAGGAAAGACAGGUCGAUUAUUAUCUUCUCAUGAUUCAUGAGGACCGAGACACAGCUCUACUUUCGCUCUUCAAAUCAGUUCUACAGUCGGCGCCACAAGCUACCUUGCAGAUAUUUUUGAUCGCCAGCGAAUAUUCGCAUGCGGGUCAUAUUGAGAACGAGUUUCUCGGCGGUUGCCAACUAGCAUCAAUUGUGUCGUCUCUGGUGAGCAUCGCUCUGUCGUUGUCAAGCUACCACCGAGCGCUGCGGCGCUCCGUUCCCGACAAGUACAAUAUGAGUCGCACGGGAGCCACUCUGCAGUUCAUCUGGAGACUCUGUACAGUUGGAUCGAGAAUAAUCUGCCUUGCACUCUUCACGUCGGAGUACACGUUCUGGCUCAUACCCUUGUGCGUAGGCCAUUGGGGCAUCAUGUCCGUGUGGGUGAUGCACCAAGGUACGCGAUUCUGCGAUACGGAAUCGGGACAGCCCCGUCAGUGUGAGGAAUACAUGUUCGACAUGCUCAUCGGCGCCAUAUAUCUCGUUUGUUUCCUCAACGUCAAGGACGAACCCACCAGGUACAAAUACACCGGUUACUACGCUAUUACGUGCGUGGAAAACGUGGCCACGAUCGUCUUGUGGUACUUCCGGGCCGGCGGUCACGUUUGGUACCGCUUACCAAUUCUAGUUGGAACACCGUGUCUGUUCGCUUUUGGAAUUCUCAUUAUGGUGGUAUACUACCGCUACUACCAUCCGAACGGGAUGCUACCCAUCUACAAUCCGAUCGCCAGGUGUUGCUAG